UCGAUACGUAGCCAGUUUUGUUCGAGAAUAAUUUGAAAUCGAUCAUUGAAACAAUCACCUCCAUUCAGUGUUGCUGGAAUGAAAGUUAAAUUUAGUUCGAGGUCAUUAUUCAUCGCGGUGAGAGAUAGUGGAUCAUUUUUCUUUGCCCAGAGUAAAGAGCCAGAAACAUAGUGUGGUAACUGGUGAAACAAACGGAUUCGACAUAUAAAUCGUGAACCGGAAACCAAACACAAACCGACAAGAUGUCGCUCAACACCAGUGCAAACCUAGUGAAAUAUCUUCUAUUUCUAUUCAAUUUUCUCUUCGUGAUAACCGGUAUCGCGAUUAUGGCCAUUGGCCUAACGGUGCAAGGUGCAUAUCACAACUUUAGAGAAAUACUCGAUCCGCAGUUCUUCAGCGUGCCCACUUUCUUGGUCGUGAUUGGAAGUUUCAUCUUUGUCAUUGCAUUCUUUGGAUGCUGCGGAGCCUACAAGGAAAACUAUUGCAUGACGCUGACCUUCUCGAUCUUGUUGGUGUUUAUCUUUAUCCUGGAACUGGCCGCCGGAAUCAGUGGCUACGUGCUGAGAAACGACACUUACAAUCUGGUAUCCACUACAUUGCAGAGCUCUAUGAGCAAGUACGGUGGUAACACGAGCAAGGAGAUCACCAUCAUUUGGGAUGAAAUUCAAGUUGAUUUCGACUGCUGUGGGGUUAACAGUUCCAAGGAUUGGUCUAUCACCAACAACCAGCUGUUUAAUGAAACUUUCCUCCCCAUGACCUGCUGUCGCGCAUCUACGGGUGCCAUCGGAACGGUGAGCUGUAUCGACCCCGUCCACCCGGAAACUCUACGCACAACUGGUUGCGUCAAAUCGUUUGGGAACUUCAUCAAGUCGCAUGCUGUUAGCCUGGGGGCGACCGGUAUUGCGGUUGCGGUGAUACAGUUCUUCGGCAUUCUGUUUGCAUGUUACCUAUCGAAGCAAAUCAAAAUGCAACAAGGCCAUACAGGAUUCUAGAUCAGCUUAUGCGAAGACCGGCGCGUGGAAGUGAGUAUUUGAGUUUGUUUAUUAACAGAACACGCGUUGUGAAUAAAGAAUGAAAACAUUGUGAUCCUACAGAGAAUAUUUAGUAUAUACUGUGUACAAGAAAUACAGUUUGCUUUGCCAUCUG